CGUCCCGAGGGCGGGUGGCCGCCAUUGGUGGGAUGAGCAAUCCGAGUUCCCGGAUGAGGGAACAUUCUGCGGUAUAAAGGGAGCAGGGAAGGCGGGAGACAGCGCAGUUUGAAUCGCGGUGCGACGACGGAGUAGGUGUCCGGGGCCUCGCCGUGCGUCCGACUAGCCUUUUCUCUGCCUUGCUUGCGUGAGCUUCAGCAGAAUUCGAGAUGGCUGGUGGUAAGGCUGGGAAGGACUCCGGAAAGGCCAAGACAAAGGCGGUUUCCCGCUCGCAGAGAGCCGGCUUGCAGUUCCCAGUUGGCCGUAUUCAUCGACAUCUGAAAUCUAGGACAACCAGCCACGGACGUGUGGGAGCGACCGCCGCUGUGUACAGCGCAGCCAUCCUGGAGUAUCUCACCGCUGAGGUACUUGAGUUGGCAGGAAAUGCAUCAAAAGAUUUAAAGGUAAAGCGCAUUACCCCUCGUCACUUGCAACUUGCUAUUCGUGGAGAUGAAGAAUUGGACUCUCUCAUCAAGGCUACCAUUGCUGGUGGUGGUGUCAUCCCCCACAUCCACAAGUCUCUUAUUGGGAAGAAAGGACAACAGAAGACUGUCUAAAGGAUGCCUGGAUUCCUUGUUAUCUCAGGACUCUAAAUACUCUUAACAGCUGUCCAGUGUUGGUGAUUCCAGUGGACUGUAUCUCUGUGAAAAAACACAAUUUUGCCUUUUUGUAAUUCUAUUUGAGCAGGUUGAAAGUUUAAUUAGCUUUCCAACCAACCAAAUUUCUGCAUUCGAGUCUUAACCAUAUUUAAGUGUUACUGUGGCUUCAAAGAAGCUAUUGAUUCUGAAGUAGUGGGUUUUGAUUGAGUUAACUGUUUUUAAAAAACUGUUUGGAUUUUAAUUGUGAUGCAGAAGUUAUAGUAACAACAUUUGGUUUUGUACAGACAUUAUUUCCACUCCAGUGGAUAAGCUCAAUAAAGGUCAUAUCCCAAAGUA